CGCGCAUUAGCUGGCACAUGAGAUAGUAUAGACUCAAAAUUUCCGCCCAUGCUUUCAGCCAUGAUGAAAAGCUACGGUCGCCCACUCUUCAUCGCUGGAAUCCCCAACCAACUGAGAAUCGCUCAGCCCAAUGCCUCAGACGUUACGCAAGUGGACCAGACGUUUCCUCUCCUUCUGUUGCCGCGAGAGAUACGAGACCUCAUCUACGCGUACGCCUUCGCCCUAAACACCUCAUCUCCAGGAGCCUACGAAGUCUUCAUCGGCCUUUCCGGCUUCGAGUACAGGUCUUCGAAGAUACCAGGUACAGACCCCCGCCUGUAAUAUGGACUCAGCUCAUCACGUUGCAGAUUUCUUGCCGCCUAUCUGCCGUACAAGCAAACAACUCUACGCCGAAGCAACCCCUGAAUACAUCAAAAGCCGCUGUUUCAUGCUCUCCGACCGCUCCAGCGCGCAGCUCCUACGCGGCUGGCUCUCUACCCUCUCCCUAGGCUUUACAAGUAUACGAGCCCUCAACGUUUCCCUAUGCGGCAGCCGCCACGAUUACCACGACGCGACUGGUGCCGUUGCAUGUCACUGGGCGCUCAUUCUUCGCUGUCAAAAUUUAACGCACCUUACUAUUCGGCUGCCGAAUUACUCCGAAGUGCUUGUAGCGAGGAGGUGCUCCGACCCCAAGGAUCCGCGAUGGGAAUCCAGGAUGAGGCUGUUGCAGCUGGAGAAGCUAGUUGAAGUGAAGAGGCUGAGAGUGCUUAUGCUUCAUGGCGUGUGGUUGGCGUUGAGGACUUGGGUUGAUUAUGUUUUUCGAGUGGAGAGGCCGGAUGUGGUUGUUAAGAUGUAUGGUAAGGGCGGACUACUGCUUGUUCGGUGAUCUACUAGCGUCUACAUCUAACUACCUAAAUGGGUUAAAAAGUCGCGUUGUUUAGCCUAUGCGCGUGAUUAAAUAGCACAACGCGC